UCUGUUGACUGAGAGCGUCAGUGUCGAUCGUCCCGUCGGUUGUCUCGGACUAAUCGCUCACCGACAUGGAAUCGACUCCGCUGCUUCCUGAAGACGAGAACCCGUUCUCAGAGAAAGCCAUCAGGAAUGGCUUCGUCCGGAAGGUCUACCUCCUGCUGUCGGUGCAACUGCUCAUUACGUUUGGCGUGUGCGCGGCUUUCAUUCUGAUCCCGCAAGUUCAUGAUUAUGCCGUUCAGAACGUGGCUCUGAUGUGGGCAGCCAUCCUCUGCUACAUCGUUCUAGUGAUUGUUCUCGCAUGUUGCCCGGGAAUCCAACGUUCUUUCCCAUGGAACAUUCUGAUGCUAUUCGCCUUGACCAUCGCAUUAUCCUACUUGAUUGGCUCAAUCGCGGCGACUUUCACUCUGACCAGCGUGCUUCUCGCGUUGGGAAUCUGUGUGCUAUCAUGCGUGGGAGUCACUCUUUUCGCAAUGAACACGCGUUACGACUUCACCAGCUGGUACGGCUAUCUAUUCAUGAUUUCCAUGAUCCUCUUGUUGUGGGGCUUCCUCUUUCUGCCAUUUUUCGGUAAUAUCGGGUUAACGCAGAAAAUUUUCGCCGGAAUCGGGGCGGUAGUAUUUCUCCUCUACCUGGCGGCCGACACUCAAGCGAUAAUGGGACGAAAAUCGCUGAAAAUUUCGACCGAAGAUUACGUUUUCGCCGCGCUCACAGUCUACCUCGACGUGAUCAACAUCUUCCUGUUCUUACUCCAAUUGUCCGGACAACAGAAGUAGGAUCAACGAGCGAAUAAAGAACACGUCUCU